CAACAUUCUAAAUAAUUUUUCAGUCGUUUACUUUUAUGUUGUGUAUUCUAAGCAAAUUUUAUCAAAUAAUCAUUAUUUAAAGAGCGAAAUAUUUAAAUAUUUGUAAUUACUUACUCAAAAUAUUAAAUAUGGUGGAUGAUAAAGGUAUUGUUUACUGUAAUCGCGUUCUUUUAGGUAAUUGGUAUGAGGCAUCCCAAUUGGAAGAGUACAAAUUGAACAAGUUUCUUGAGCAAAUGAAAAAGGGUGAUUUAAUGUUGGCGAGAUAUCGGAAAAUGAGUGAAAAUCUUAAUAAGCCGACCGUAUUGACUCAAUCUUCGAGCAGUAUUGAAUUUGGAGCUAAAAUAACCCUUCUAGCGCCCCACGUGCCAGCAACUGAUCCACCUCAAGAAGAUAAAAAAGGUCUUGUUCUCGGAGGGAGGCUGUCAUCUAAUGAAAUUAGCUAUUCCCAAGAACUCGAAGACGGUUGUUCUGUUGUGGGCCUAUCAGAUUUAGAGCCUACCGAGAAAAGCACAUUUAUAAUAAAAAGUGCUGAUUAUUGUAACAGAGAAGGGGAGUCCUUAAAGUAUAACCAAGAAUUUCUUCUGGCUCUCUCAUCUUCUGUGACUAGAAAAAAUCCUUUAUAUCUUCGAUACGAUCCAAAUCCUAUUCCGGGUCUUUGUGGCGUGUUGCCUUUAUACCUGAGCAAGCAUCCUGUUAGUAACACUAGAUGGCGUAUGCUUCCUACGCAGGGACCGAACAUUACUAGAUUCGAACAAGAAGGAAAGCCUGUCAUGGUUAACACAGACCUCAUUAUUAAUCAUUGUGCUACAAAUGUCAAUCUUGGUAUUAACGUCGGUUGCUGGAUGAUGGGAUUUUACGAAAAAGUAUGUGGACCAUUGAUGAAAACGUGUUUGGAUGUUUAUGGGAAGGAAUUACCGAACAAUGUAUGGCAAAUAUAUAUCCCCCUCGCGAGCUAAUAUUCAAAUCAGCGGAAGUAUUUGAGCAAUUGAUAUAUUUGUUACUUAUUACAACUGUUUUCCAUAAUUUUACCGUUACAUAAUUUGCAUACAUAAUAUAAAAUAUUAUAUGUAUUAUUAAUUUGUCAUAUUCGAAGGAAUUGUAGAAACAAACGUUAUUUGUCUAGCAAAUUGUUAUUUAUCUUUUAUAAAAUUUAUAUCACUUGUAAAAUUAAUGUAUUCUAUUUGCAGACAUCUUGUAGAAAAUGAAUAAAUCAUAACCCAUCGUAAUAAUAAGAAACCAUGAAUAUCCUUGUUACUGACUUCUGAUUCGGUACUUUUGUAAUAUAAUAAAAUCUGUCUCUUUCAAACGAGACUCUAAUGGAAUAACUAUUAAUUAAAUGUUUUAUAAGGUUAUUAUAAAAUAGUUCCGACUUUUACACACCAUCAUAUAAACAUACUCAAUAAUAUCUUUUAUUAUUUGUUUUCAAAGUUUUUUUUAUUUAUAUGAAUUAAUCUUUGAGUUAUUUUUAUUUGCUCUUAAUGAGUAAAUCGAAAUUAACCAAUUUCAUUGAGAGUUUCUCUUUUCUUUAAUUGUGGUCCUUAUUUCAAUACUUAUAAUAUAAUUAAAGAAUUAGAUACAUACAUCGUGUAGC